AUGCAAUCUACAAAAGAUUGUUUCGUUUUUGCUCUCUUAAGUUUCAUAGUUGGAAUCAACUCUCAACUAUGUCACAGUGCAACUCCAUAUGAACGAUGUUCGGCUAAUAGUGCUUGUGGUUGUUUUCCGGUGAUCGAUGCUCAGAACACUGGUGCUUGUGCUUUUCUUUGGAAAUCGUGUUCUCAACUUGUUCCAUGUGGGCCAUCACAAGAAUGUUCUCAGCCAGAUCAUAUCUGUGUGCAUCAUCGUCGAUGCAGUAAUAGUCCUGUUUGUUACCCAAUGUCGAUGGUGAAUGAAAAUAUUUGUCCACCAAUAUCAAAUGGGACAAAUGAGACAACGACAAUCAUACCACCUGAUACGACGACGAAAAGAGUACAAUUCAAGAGAUGGAAACAAAAUGCAACGACUGUUGCUGGAGGACAUGGACAGGGAGACGAAUUCAAUCAACUUGAUCAUCCCGAAGGAAUCUCCAUUGAUCAAAACAAGAAUAUUUUUAUUGCUGAUACGCUAAAUCAUCGUAUUAUGAAAUGGAAACCAAAUGAAACUGAAGGAACGAUUGUUGCUGAUAGAAGUGGAGAAGAAAAUCGAGCAGAGGAAGUGAGACAUCCAAAUGUGAUUAUCCUUGGACAAAAUAAUUCACCAAUCAUUGCUGAUUGGGGAGGCAAACGUGUAAUUCAAUGGUUCAAUCAAACUCAUCAAGAAAUUCUCAUUGAAAAUAUUGCUUGUUCAGGCUUGGCAAUAGACAAAUAUGGAUUUCUUUAUGCGUCUGAUUCGAGGCAAAAUCAAAGUUGGAGAGGAGAUCAACUCAAUCAACUCAACGGACCUACUAAUAUCUUUGUUGAUGAUGAACAAUCUGUUUACAUCACCGAUAGUUCUAAUCAUCGUGUAAUGAAAUGGAGAAAAGAUGCGAACGAAGGUGUGAUUGUAGCUGGUGGAAAUCGAGAGGGAAAGAAUCGCAAUCAAUUGGAUUAUCCUCGCGGUUUGUUUGUUGAUGAUUAUGGUCAAGUCUAUGUGGCAGAUUGCAAUAAUCGUCGAGUAAUGCGUUGGAAGGAAGGUGCAAAAGUAGGUGAAAUAGUUGUGGGUGGAAAUGGUUAUGGAAGUCAAUCAAACCAAUUCUUUAAUCCCAUGGAUUUAUCAUUUGAUUCCGAAGGAAAUCUCUAUGUCGCUGAUACUUUUAAUCAUCGAGUCCAAAAAUUUGAUUUGAUUUCUCAAUAA